GAGAAUCCCUCGAGAGAAAGAAAUUAGACGGUACUCUUCUUCUUCUGCUGCCCAUUUAUCAAUUAUCAACUUCAACGCAGUCUUUGGAUUGCUACCCUUCUCUUUAGCUGUGCCGAAAUUCUUUCCUAAUUCAUAAAUUCAAAAUCCCUAGUUAAAGGGCGGGUUGUUCUAGGCCCGCCUGUAACUCCCAUCUCUAUUCCCUCCCGAAAGCAUCUACCUUUUCCAUUCCUUCACUCAGGGUUUAUGGAUUUCUGGUGAUGGAUGUUUGGGAUCCAUAGCAUCCAAUAUGCUAUCUUUAAGGGAUCUUUGGAGAAAGCACAAGAGGAAGAUUUUGGUUACAGCUGGUGUUCUGGGAAGUGGGUAUCUUUUGUAUAAGCUAUACAAUGCUCGAAAGCGUAGUCUUGCUGAUUUGGAAAGGGAACUUGCAAGUGAGAGGGAAAAUGAUGAACUCAUUAAAGCCCAAUUGCAAGGCCAUUUUGAGAAUAUUCAAAGAAUAGCUGAAACAACAACAUUGCCUCAUGCAAUGCAUUAUUUAAGUAAUCGGUUAGCUGAAGAACUGGACCUUUCCCUUCUUACUGAGAAGCUAAAGAAAGGGAAGGGCCAGCCCAACAGUUUGUCAUCUUCAGAGAAACUUGAAUUAUGGGAUAGACUCAAAAUUUUAAGUUUCACAAGAAUGGUGGUGUCUAUGUGGGCAGUAACAAUGCUUAGCUUAUAUAUUAGGGUUCAAGUCAAUAUUCUAGGAAGACAUUUGUAUAUUGAUACAGCACGUGGUCUUGGAAGCUCCCAUUUACCUGAGGAUGCUGAUCUCAUUGAGAGGGACAACCAGCAGAAAUAUCUGGCAAGUACUGAUUUUCUUGCUAGUUAUGGCAUGCCUGUCUUGAUUUCUAACAUGCAGGCAGCAGCCACUGAAGUUUUAAAGGGAAAGCAUUUGAAGGAUUUCUUCAACGCUACAGUGCUUCAUGAAACUGUCAUGCAGAUACUAGACAUGUUCAUGAGCAUGGGAAGUCCCCAUCACUGGGUGGAUUGCUUGAUGCCUGAAAAUUCAAGGUUGAAUGAAAUUUCUACAGCUCCCACCAAUGAGAACACAAUUCUUUCUGGUUCUACCAAAUUCGACCAACUAAUGUUGGAGACAAAAGAAGUGCUAACAAGUGCCGAAUUUGGCAGUGUUGUUGAAGUAUCAUUGAAAGCAGUAGUGGAUGCACUGGUUGAGGACCUAAGCCUUCAAUCUGGAGGAAGCAGCCAAACAUCCGGAAUGCCCCUGGCAAAAUUCUUGCCACUAAUUGCACAGACUGGUCUGUCUCUGGUUGAUGAACCCAACCAGAAUCAGUUUAUCAAGGUCAUACAAAGCGUUCCAGAAGUUGAACUCUUCUUCACCCUCCUUUACGCGAACAUGCCAUCCUCAUAAGACAACAUAGUUCUCGGUUUGUAUUCUUCAAUUGGACAUUCCAUUUUCAUUCAAGAUCGAUGUAAACAAUAAAAAAGUAACAAAUUA